AUGGCGACUAACAGCUGCGGGUACAGUGGGCGCCGCACUUGGGCACUUCUACUCCUCGCCACUGCUAUACCAAUCGCCCUAAUCGCGUCCCAUGAGCGGGCAGCUACCGCUACAAAUGGCUCCCUCAGUAUCUUACUUCGGCUGUACAAUAUAGAUGACGAACCUUCAUUUGCUGACGACGUGGCUGUGGAUGAUGAUGGCAAUGCUUACGUUACUGAUACAAAAGCAAACAAGAUAUGGAAAGUUGGAUCGAAUGGUGAAUUGCUUUCAAUCAUAAGGAACAAUAUCUUUGUCCAAAAAAAAGAAUGGUACAGAAACGUUUUUGGGCUUAAUGGGAUUGUAUACCACCAAAAUGGCUAUCUUCUUGUCGUACACACAGCUGGUGGCUAUCUCUUCAAGGUUGAUAUAAAAACAGAGGAUGUAAGAGUUGUACAAGUUACAGGCUCCCUUCUUUUGGGAGAUGGCUUGGAGCUUCUGUCACAAACUAAGUUAGUAGUUGCAGGCACACCAUCUGCUAGAAUUCUGGAGAGUUUUGAUGAUUGGAAUACUGCAACUGUUACAGAAAGAUAUAUUGGACCUUUGCAUCGCCUUGCUACUUCGGCGACAGUGAAGGAAGGGAAGGUUUACAUUAAUCAUUUAUUUGGACUGGGCUUUACAAAGAGGACUCAUGUUAUUACUGAAGCUGUUUUCACUACUUUGACUGCUAAGUGAUCAUAAUUUGUAUGUGAUUUUGUUCUUGUCUUUGUGCUAUAUCUUAAUAUUUUCAUAUGAUUUUGGAAGUACAUCUGUAGUGGAUCUAUGUGAUUCUGAUUUUAUUUGGUAUUUCGCGUUUAAUUGUUCUUUUCCAAAUGUUGUAGAUUUUUUUUUUCCAAAUGUUAUGUUGUAGAUCAUAAUUCCACUUAGUGGUAUAAAGGCUUAUUGUUGUUGUUGUUGUUG